AUGACCCAAAGUUUCAACGAUGAGGCAUACAUGCCAACUAUGGGUAUUGGCUCCAACAAUUCGCAUUGGUCUCAAACAAAUGACAUGCAUCUCGAUGACCAUGAGUUCGAGGUGGACGAGGAUGGUGAGGGCAUUGUCGAUGCACCGAAAGGAAGAGGAGGCAACUACACCAAUGAAGAAGACGUCUUGCUAUGCAAUACUUGGUUGCAAGUGUCGAGGGAUCCAUCCGUUGGAGAUUGUCAAAAGUGGGUGGCCGCACAAAUGGCGGUUGACAAGUUGAAUCCAAGUGGCAUUAAUGAUGAACAUAGGCGUGAUGGUAUGGAUGAUUUGGAUAUGAGCAACAAACACAUGCAAACAAUUGAUUUGGAUGAUGAUGAGGAGGAGGCAUCAAGUGAUGACGGCAAGAGAAGCCCCACACCCAACUCGGUUUCAUACUCGAAGCCAAAACGACCGGAUGUGUGCGAGAAAGACGCAAAAGAAAAGAAGAAGAGGAAAAGAGAUGAUGAGCUAAAAAAUGCUAUGAAAACUAUUGUGAAGGGAAGAAAAGAAGCGAACGAGGUGAGGAAGAUGGUAAGGAACCAAGAUGCCGCGGCCGAGGAGAGGAAGGUGGCAUUGGAGGAGAGGAAGCCGUGGGAGGCGUACACGUCGGACACGACCAUCGAUCUCUCCAAGCACCACAAGCCCAAGGUGCUGCUCGACAAGAUCGCCUACUGGACCGUCAAGUCGCUGCGCGUGCCCACCGACAUCUUCUUCCAGCGGAGGUACGGGUGCCGGGCGAUGAUGCUGGAGACGGUGGCGGCGGUGCCGGGGAUGGUGGGCGGGAUGCUGCUGCACCUGCGGUCGCUGCGGCGGUUCGAGCAGAGCGGCGGGUGGAUCCGGGCGCUGCUGGAGGAGGCGGAGAACGAGCGGAUGCACCUGAUGACCUUCAUGGAGGUGGCCAACCCCAAGUGGUACGAGCGCCCGCUGGUGCUGGCGGUGCAGGGCGUCUUCUUCAACGCCUACUUCCUGGGGUACAUCGUGUCCCCCAAGUUCGCGCACCGCGUCGUGGGCUACCUGGAGGAGGAGGCCAUCCACUCCUACACCGAGUUCCUCCGCGACCUGGAGGCCGGCAGGAUCGAGAACGUCCCCGCCCCGCGCAUCGCCAUCGACUACUGGCGCCUCCCCGCCGACGCCAGGCUCAAGGACGUCGUCACCGUCGUGCGCGCCGACGAGGCGCACCACCGCGACGUCAACCACUUCGCCGCGGACAUCCAUUUCCAGGGGCUGGAGCUCAACAAGACGCCUGCCCCGCUAGGAUAUCACUGA